AUGCUUUAAGCUAAUAUCAAAUUAUAAGAACUUACAUUAGAAAAAGAUGAUGAUUAAUUAUUUAAAGAUUUAAAUUAAGUUAAUUCAUAAAAUUUAGAAGAUGAUGUUGAUCAUUCAGAUGAUACUAAUGAUGACUUUUUGGAUUGUUUUAGAUGUAAUUAACUAUGAUAUAUUUGAUAGAUUCUGUAAUCAUUUCACCUUUUUCAUAAUAAUUAAAACCUUAUUUUCUGUAGCCACAAUUUAAUUAAGAUUACUAAAUAAAUCCUUUAUGCAUAAAACAUGAUCCUAGAACAACUUUAAUGUUAAAGAAUAUUCCUCUUGAAUAUAGCCUAAAGGAUUUGAUUAUUGAAGUUGAUGCUUUUGUUAAAGGAAAGUAUAACUAUUUAUAUAUGCCAUAUGAUUAGAUUGUAAAAUUUAUUAUUCUAAUUAAGAAAAAUUGUAAUAUCGGGUAUGCCUUCAUAAACUUAAUAAAUGUGAAUGAUGUUGAAUAUUUCUAUUAAAAGUUUGAAACCAAAAAAUGGAAUCUACACCCAAAUAAAAAAUGUGCUCUUCGUUAUGCUAAGAAUUAAUUAAAUUAUUAUUGA